AUGUCUGAAAACUACGUCGCCCCUGGCCAGCAGCGCUACCUGCGCGCCUGCAUGGUCUGCUCGAUCGUCAUGACCUUCCAGCGCUUCCGCGAAGAGGGCUGUCCCAACUGCGAAGAGUUUUUGCACCUCGCCGGCUCGCCCGAACAGAUCGACAUCUGCACCAGCCAGGUCUUUGAAGGCCUCAUCACGCUGGCGAACCCGAACAAGUCGUGGGUGGCACGCUGGCAGCGCCUCGACGGUUACGUGCGCGGCGUGUACGCGAUCAAGGUGUCUGGGCAGCUGCCGGACGACGUGCGGACGCAGCUGGAAGAGGAGCACCGGAUCCAAUACAUACCGCGUGAUGGAAGCGCCACCGAGGCCGACUGA